AGAUCGUUGCAUCUUCGUAAAAAUAACCUUUCAGGAGAAUUUCCUAUGUCUAUAAGGAAUUGUACAAUUUUGCAAACCCUUGAUUUUGCUGAAAAUGAAUUGGUUGGGAACAUCCCGUCAUGGAUGGGUCGUAAUCUUCCAUACCUGACAAUCUUGAGCCUCCGUUCAAAUAAGUUUUCAGGGCAUAUACCUAGAGAGUUGUGUGCACUCAGUUUUCUCCAGAUCUUGGACGUUGCUCGUAAUAAUCUUUCAGGAAGCUUACCAAGUUGCGUUAGUAACUUAAGUGCCAUGCUUUGUUCUGCAAAUGGGUCAUUUGGGAACUACAUUAGCUACCCCCUAGGAUAUUUUACUGAGAAUUUAUUUCUUGUGAUGAAAGGCCAAUUUUAUGAAUAUGGUUGGACUCUUAAUUUGGUAAGAGUCCUUGAUUUGUCAGAUAAUAGUUUAUCUGGAGAUAUUCCUUGGGAAAUAACUAAGCUUCAGGGGUUGCAAUCACUGAAUUUGUCACACAACCAUUUCACUAAAAGGAUCCCUCCAAUUAUUGGUGACAUGAGUUCACUAGAAUCUCUUGAUCUUUCUGCAAACAAAUUGCUUGGGUCAAUCCCUGAAAGCAUGUCCAAAUUGUCAUUUCUAAGCUACUUGAACCUUUCUGACAACCAAUUGACUGGAAAAAUUCCCUUAGGUACUCAGUUGCAAAGCUUUGAUGAAUCUUGUUAUGCUGGAAAUGAACUUUGUGGCCUUCCACUAAUGAAGAACUGCAACGAAGUUAAUCAAAGAGUACCUAGCACUAGAAAUAAUGUGGGGAAAGAUAUGGAUAGAGAUAAAGUGAUUUGGUUGUUUGUUAGCAUGGCACUUGGAUUUAUUUUUGGAUUUUGGAGUGUAUUGAGUCCUCUUUUGAUUAGUAGGCAAUGGAGGUAUGCAUACUAUCAAUGUUUGGAUGAGAUGUGGCAGAAAGGCCGGUCAUUUUGGGAGUGGAUUUUUCUAAAAUCUUAUGUAGUUUUCUUUACAAGUGUAUUUCUCUUCAUGUUCUUGUGAUAUAUUACAAAGCAUCACCUCUCCGCUUUCAGCAACUCUGUUUUGAUUUUUUGUUAUCCAUAAUAAAGCCAUAAAAUAGUU